AUUUGGUUUCCAUAGCACCGCCCUCGGGAGAGCUGCAGCUUUCAUAAAUGGGGGUUACUAUCCUUGUUUUUUUUUUGUUUAAAAAAAUACUUUCUAAGCAUAAAUACGCAAAAUAAAACCACAGAAUCGAAAUAGAGUUGAAUUAUUAUUUAGGUUCUGACUGAACCUUGAAACAUUUCCUCCUCCACCACCCAACCUCCAAAAUGUUUUAUGAAAUUACCAACAGGAACAGACUCGUGUAUGUGCGUUAGCGUGUUAUAUUUGGUCUCUGGCCUUCGUGUGUGCUGAGCAGCUGGCCAGAUGUUGAACGCGGAGCUGCUGUCGCUGACCUCGGUGCUGAACACGACGUCAGAUGAACCUGCGCUCACCACAGGAGACACGAUACAGCCUCACUCCCUCUUUGAUUUAUUGAGGCUACUUCAAACACCCACUCCUGCUUUCUAAACUUUGAGCUUCUGGGUUUUUUUUCCUGUAAAGAAAAAUCCUUCCAUUCAUUCUCUCUUUUCUCCCUCUCCCUCCCUCUCUCUCUCUCUCUCUCGCGGACACAGAUCCAUAUCGCUCGACGACGCUGGCUAUCACUUUCACUCCUUUUCGUUUUCGUCGUGAUGGCACUCGGCGCGGCUACUGUACGCCAGGCAGGGGACGAGCUGGUGGUGGUGGAUGAGGGCGCACAGCUCGUUUGAUUCCCCCUCCUGUUUACGCGAAGGUGUUUUUGCUUCAGCACUUUGACUGUGAAAAUCAGACUCGUCUGCUGCCGGAUCGUCUCCUCCCUGGGCUCAGAUUUAAUAGAACUUCGUUCGUUGUUUUCCUCGCAGCCGCAGCUGUCGGCCAUCCUGCGCCGUAACAUGACGAUUAAGCAGUAAAAUAAUAAGAAUAAUAUUGAGCGAACAGGCCUACACACAGAAACUGGAUAUGGAGUCCGUGAAGACGAGAGCUACGGCGGGGGUGAAGGAAUUUGCGGGGAAGACCCUGGGUCAUGUGUACAGGGUGAUGGAGGGGAGACAGAAAACCGGGGACGUGAUCGAGCUGACGGAGGACGGGCGGCCCCGGGAGGCCGCGGAGAAGAAACCCCCGCUGUGCGACUGCAAGUGCUUCGGUCUGCCCCGCCGCUAUGUCAUCGCCAUCAUGAGCGGCCUGGGCUUCUGCAUCUCCUUCGGCAUCCGGUGUAACCUGGGCGUGGCCAUUGUGGGCAUGGUCAACAACAGCACCAUCCACCAGAACGGCAAGAUCAUCAUCAAAGAGAAAGCCAAGUUCAACUGGGAUCCAGAGACGGUGGGAAUGAUUCACGGAUCUUUUUUCUGGGGCUACAUCGUGACACAAAUCCCGGGAGGAUACAUAUCCUCCAGGCUCGCAGCAAACAGGGUAUUCGGUGCAGCCAUUGUUUUAACCUCAACACUCAACAUGUUCAUUCCCUCGGCUGCCCGAGUCCAUUAUGGGUGUGUCAUUUUUGUCAGGAUAUUACAAGGGCUGGUGGAGGGAGUGACCUACCCGGCCUGUCAUGGCAUCUGGAGUAAGUGGGCUCCUCCGCUGGAGAGGAGUCGUUUGGCCACCAUAUCAUUCUGUGGCUCUUACGCUGGUGCUGUGAUAGCGAUGCCUCUGGCUGGGAUCCUGGUCCAGUACUCAGGCUGGUCCUCAGUGUUCUACGUCUACGGGUGCUUCGGCAUCUUCUGGUAUAUGUUCUGGAUCUUUGUGUCUUAUGAGAGCCCUGCUGAACAUCCUACCAUUACCGACGAGGAACGCUGCUACAUUGAGGAGAGCAUUGGAGAGAGUGCCAAGCUAAUGGGUCCUUCUGAGAAAUUCAAGACCCCCUGGAGGAAGUUCUUCACCUCUAUGCCUGUCUAUGCAAUCAUUGUAGCCAACUUCUGCAGGAGCUGGACCUUCUACCUGCUGCUGAUCAGCCAACCUGCAUAUUUUGAGGAAGUGUUUGGCUUUGAGAUAAGCAAGGUCGGCAUACUGUCUGCCCUCCCCCAUUUGGUGAUGACCAUCAUCGUGCCCAUCGGUGGCCAGCUGGCCGACUACCUGCGCAGCAAGAACAUCCUGACAACUACCACUGUCAGGAAAAUCAUGAACUGUGGAGGAUUUGGCAUGGAGGCCACAUUGCUGCUGGUGGUAGGAUAUUCCCACAGCAAAGGGGUGGCCAUCUCCUUCCUGGUGCUGGCAGUGGGCUUCAGUGGAUUUGCUAUAUCAGGUUUUAAUGUCAAUCACCUGGAUAUUGCUCCACGUUAUGCCAGUAUCCUAAUGGGCAUCUCUAACGGUGUGGGUACCCUGUCUGGGAUGGUGUGCCCACUGAUUGUUGGUGCUAUGACAAAGAACAAGACUCGAGAGGAGUGGCAGUAUGUGUUCCUGAUUGCCUCCCUGGUGCAUUAUGGGGGCGUGGUCUUCUAUGGGAUCUUUGCUUCGGGAGAAAAACAGCCGUGGGCCGACCCAGAGCUGACCAGCGAGGAGAAGUGUGGCUUCAUCGACGAGGACGAGCUAGCGGAAGAGACAGGCGACAUUACUCAGAGUUAUGGUGCUUUUGGGGGUCCGGCCAAGACGUACGGGGCGACUACGCAGGUGAAUGGAGGCUGGGCCACCGGCUGGGAGAAAACAGAGGAGUACGUCCAAGAAGAAGCACAAGGAGGAGGCUACGGAUACAGGCAGGAUGAGGGAUACUCCUAGACCAAACGUGCAUUCACCGACACAUGAGUAGACUUAUUUUCCUGAGUGUGCAUCAGUUUAGUCAUUAAAAAAUAUCAACAAACGAGAAACGAGAAAAACUACAAUCCAUUGUUGUAUUGUUUGCACAAAUUCUAAAGAAAAAAAAACUAAAAAAUGAUCAACUAAAUGUAAAAAUUACAAAAAUAUAUAGAAAAUUUAAAGAUAUUCGAUUAAUAGAGGUGUUAACACAUAUCAAAUUGGCAGUCUGUAAAUGUAUUAUUAUGCAUAUUGAUAAUAGAUAUAUUUAUUUGGAGUGCAAUUGUGCGUAAACGUGAACAUUUUCAUCCCAUCAGCCGAGGCUUCCUGACCACACCGGAGCCUGUAGGGUUAUGUAGAAGCUGCCCAUCAGAACCAACCCCUUAUUUAUCAAAUUAACUGUUACAGUACGACGUCCUACAAACCAGCCAUUACAGUGUAUAGAUAUGUCACUGCACAGCAUUGUAAACAGAAACUAGACACUCUGUUGAUAUAGAUUGUACUGUAUCCCUCCUGAAUACACUCAGAGUAGUGUGUCCUUUUAAUGCACAAUAUGAGUUUUGUUUUCUUAUCCACGGCUUCUGUGUGUGUAGAUCUAAGCCCUUAACAUGUAAGUGACCUGCUGUAGAGACUUGACGAGUGGCGUGAUGACUUUUGACGACCGUUUGGUUACACACUUGCGUAAAAGGUUAAAACUGUCUUUAAAAUGUUUGCUACACGUGAUCCGUUUUGUAACCUGGUACCUCUGCUGUUGAGAGUUUGAGUUUAGCGUUUGUGACCUGUCACAUCUCAGCAGUGUAGUGCAGGAGUAAAGCCAUUUUCAUUGUUAUACAUUUACAUUACUGUCAAGCCACAAGAAGUCUAGUUGUACCAAUGCAUUGUCAAAAGAUUUGUCUUAAUAAAACAUAUUUAACAGAGAUAUCUAGAGGUGCAGAGUAAAGAUAUAUAUAUAUAUGAGUUUAUAGAUUAAAUUUAGACAUUGUUAGUCCAAGACAUUCAUGGUCGUACAUGACCUUAUGAAGAGUUUGUGCAAUGCAAAGACUCUGUACAGACUAGCCAAAAUCAGUAUGAGAGUCUUACUAUAUUAGAACAAAAUGUUAUUAAUUAAAGGGAAAAUAUUUAAAAAUAGAUAUGAAUAGAUAUUUACAUGAUCAAAGGGACAGGUGAGUAAUUUAUAACGCACGUGUUAAAGCCCCUGAAAAAGUUUUUCUCUAUCAAAAAGAAAAAACUCUGCUUCAGUCUGCUUCAUCAGGACUUUGACAGUGACAAAACAACCCAUAAACUAUCAUCUGACUCGGAUUCAAAAGAUGCUGAACUACAUAAUCACUUUUUUCAAGCUGGGUCCCACCCACUGUAAAAAAAGAAUAAAUAAAACACUGAAAUAACUAAAACUGUUCUGAUUUUAGCAGGAAUUUGAGUUUUCAAAAGAGAAAAUAUGCUUUCAGGGCCUUUAAAGCUAAAGGGAGGUGAGUUUAAAAUGUCAAGUGACAUUACAGAAGCUGAAGUGAACAUUCCCAAACAAGUAUUUGAAUGUUUACAUAUAUCUAUACUUUACAUAAAUACCAAUCACCAAAACAGGAGAUUUCUAUUUACAGAAAAGAUAAAGUGGGAGUGGCCAUUACAAAUGUGUGCAAUUUGGACAAACUGCCAUUUGUCCAUUUCCAUUACAGAAUGGAAAGUGAUAAGAGACAUUUUAUGAAUUAAUGUAUAAUGUAAUGACCUGCCUUUACCUAGGGGAGUCUGGCAAUGAAAAGUGUUUUAGGGUCCAGAGUAGGACGAGCAAGCGAACACACCAUGUCUCCAGGAUCUGUUUCGUCCUCAUUCUGCACUUACACUGACUGACAAGGUCUGAAGGGGCCUUUUGUUUAAUUUGUCACUUGUCUGUGGAGACCUUAACUCAGCACUUCACAAAUAUAGAUGUGUGUGGAUGUGUAUUUAUGCAUGGAACAAAGUGAAAUUUGUAGUCUGUCCUUUUUUUGUUUCCUUUUUCUUUCAAACUUCUUUGUCUUUGUCUCAGAAACUGUUACUGAUGCUUCAAUUUCUUUGCACAAUUAACCAAAGGUGAAGAGCAGAGCUGGGUUUUAGCUGGAAGUCAAAUAUUUUUAAAGGAGUACAGACCAUCAGCAGUGAGGUUCCAGCGUAUGGACCCCCAGUGUGCAGGUGGCACCAAAACAUUACUCAGUGUACAAAGCAAUAAAUCCAUAGUAACAGUUCUGGUCAGGCGUCACAAACAGUCAUUAUGUAACUGUUUUUUUAAGCAUUUGUUUAAAAGUCGUGUUUUUUGUGAUAACAAAUGUAGAAAAUAAACACUUGUAAAGAAAAAAAAAACAUAGAAAUAUACUGUAUGUAUGAAAAUAUAGUAAUAGAGUCCAACACAAACGUCUUUGACAACAAGACAGUGCAAGGAGUUUGUGACGGGGCUGCUCACCAGAUGAGAAUGAUAAAACGAGCUCCGUCUGAGAGGCGGACGCUCGUCCUCUUCAUGUUUCUGUUUUUGCUUUGGUGUGGUCCACAUGGACUUUGUGCUGUUGUUUCCUCCCUCCCUCUCUCUCUCUCUCUCUUUCCUCAGGUUUUAGUUCGAUUAAUGUUUUUCAUUCUGUGGCUGGACCCCCAUUGCCCUACUUAUCCACAUGUACCUCCUCCCUGAUUCCAUUGUCACGAUAUUCAAUGACAUUAAGGAUGAAACCUAACCAAGUGAUUCUACAUUUUCAACAAAUGACAAAUGUGCAACCUGAAGUAGUUAAAAGUUUCCUGUUUUUGUGCCUCUGAAGUUACAGUGUGAUUCUAUGGCUUCUGUUGCUGUGUAAAUUGAGAGGUUUGUUGAUGUCAAAAUGAAAUACUCUAUAUCCUUUUUUUGAUAAAGAAAAAAAAAAAACAAGCAAACAAAUGUGUGUGUGUCCCGAGUAUUUGUAUGGACAACAAAUGAGAACAAAUAGAGUCAGACAGUUCUGAAGAACGUAGCAUAAAAUGUUUUGUCAACCUUGCGACCACUUGAUCAUUCCUACACUUUCCUCCCUCCACUUAAUGCUGUAUUCAUAUGUUGCUAAUGACACAAGUUUAUGUCAAAGCUACAUAAAUAACUGAUUCUUUGAUCACUUCACAAACAAGUUGCGAACACAACACUGACGAAUCGUCAUCUUUUAAGUUGAUACGGUGAAUUUCUUAGCAAAGAGUUUAUGAAUCCAGCAUUUCUGGAACAUUUGGAGUCGUCUCUCUGGCUACCUGGCCAAUCAUUCUCUUUGAGCGCUGUUUUUGGUCCUCACCCACUCCUGAGGGAAAUAUCUGUCUCUUUAGCUGCUAAACAAUGAACUGAGACUCAUUGUAAAGUUCUGUAAAGCUGUCCACUGACUUUCCCAGACAAAGGAGGAGAUCAUCUAUAUAUCAUUUUGUGAAUGGAUGUAUAGUUUUGCUUUGUGUUGAUUGACUAACAUGAAUUUAUGUUGGGAAUGGGCCCUGUGAGGUUUUCAGUGAGGCAGGUCUGCAGACAUCUAUAAAUACAUGUAGCUGCUUAGUGCACCUGUGGGUAAUAAGCUGACUGACACUGGAAAAGCUAACAGGACUAAACCAUGAAACUGAGGCACUGAAGAAGGAUUAGUUAGUAUCUGUGCAUUUUUUCCAUGUGCUAAAUUUUGAACGAAAAACUGAAUAAAAGAAAAUCGUAACUGA